UCAAGCAAAAGGAAAAAAAAAACACCCAUGCUAUGAUCGGUGCCACCAAAAUCACAUCAAUCAAUUCAGUAUUCCGAUCUAAUUUACGGAGGUGGGUGUAUCAAAGAUUGAUAAAUCCUUCAAAAAUAGCUUAACAUUUAUAAAAUCCUUCAAUUUCAAUGGAUAAAUCAAGCGCAUUUGAGUACAUCAAUCAGAUGUUCCCAACAGAGGCAUCAUUGUCUGGAGUUGAGCCACUUAUGCAAAAAAUACACAGUGAAAUUCGCCGUGUUGAUGCUGGAAUACUAGCUGCUGUUCGUCAACAGAGCAAUUCCAGAACUAAAGCCAAGGAAGAUCUUGCUGCUGCUACACAUGCUGUAGAGGAACUCAUGUACAAGAUAAGAGAAAUAAAAACCAAAGCUGAGCAGAGUGAGACCAUGGUUCAGGAAAUAUGCCGUGACAUUAAGAAGUUGGACUUUGCAAAGAAGCAUAUAACAACCACUAUUACUGCUCUUCACCGUCUUACCAUGUUGGUGUCUGCCGUUGAGCAGCUUCAGUUAAUGGCUUCUAAACGGCAAUAUAAGGAGGCAGCUGCUCAGUUGGAGGCUGUAAACCAAUUAUGCAGCCAUUUUGAAGCCUAUAGGGAUAUACCAAAGAUUACAGAGCUCAGAGAGAAGUUCAAAAAUAUUAAACAAAUACUCAAGUCGCAUGUAUUUUCUGAUUUCUCAAGCUUAGGUACUGGGAAAGAGACAGAGGAAAAUAAUUUACUGCAGCACUUAUCUGAUGCAUGUUUGGUCGUUGAUGCUUUGGAGCCAUCUGUGAGAGAAGAGUUGGUAAAUAAUUUUUGCAGUAGGGAGCUUACUUCAUAUGAACAAAUCUUUGAAGGAGCUGAGCUAGCUAAGCUGGAUAAAACAGAACGAAGAUAUGCAUGGAUAAAGCGUCGAAUAAGAACAAAUGAGGAGAUAUGGAAGAUCUUCCCUUUGUCUUGGCAUGUUCCUUAUCGGCUUUGUAUCCAAUUCUGUAAGAAGACGAGGAAACAACUGGAAGGAAUACUUGACAAUCUCAAAGAAAAGCCAGAUGUUGGAACAUUGUUAUUGGCACUACAACGAACUUUAGAAUUUGAGGAUGAAUUGGCAGAAAAAUUUGGAGGAGGCACUAGUAGUAGAGAGAUUGGGAAUGAGAUUGAAGAAAUUGGUAGGGACAGUAAUAGUCAAAAUGUUUCAGAUAUACGAAAGAAGUAUGAAAGAAAACUUGCUGCUAAUCAAGGAAGUGGAAUUGAAGAGAAAGAUGGAAGUAAAGACUUAUCAGUACCAGGAGCUGGGUUCAACUUUCGUGGGAUUGUUUCAUCUUGCUUUGAGCCUCAUUUGACGAUUUAUGUGGAACUAGAACAGAAGACGCUGAUGGAAAAUCUGGACAAACUUGUUCAGGAGGAGACAUGGGAUAUAGAGGAGGGCAGUCAGAAUAAUGUUUUAUCCAGUAGUAUGCAGCUGUUUCUUAUAAUCAAAAGGAGCUUAAAGCGGUGUAGUGCCCUGACAAAGAGCCACACAUUAUUGAAUUUGUUUAAGGUAUUUGAAAGAAUUCUCAAAGCAUAUGUGGCAAAGCUCAAGGCAAGACUACCAAAGGGUGGCCUGGGGCUUGUUGCAGCUGCCACCGGCAUGGAUGUACAAAUAAAGAUGUCUGAUAGAGAUGAAAGAGUAAUUUGCUAUAUCGUCAAUUCAGCUGAAUAUUGCCGAAAAACGUCAGGUGAAUUGGCUGAAAGUGUAUCCAAAAUAAUUGAUCCUCACUUAGCAGCUGGAGUGGAUAUGUCAGCAGUUGAGGAGGAAUUUUCAGGGCUUAUAACAGAAGCACUAAUGACCCUAGUGCAUGGCCUGGAAACUAAAUUUGAUGCUGAAAUGGCUGCAAUGACACGUGUUCCAUGGGGUACACUUGAAAGCGUUGGUGACCAAUCAGAGUAUGUCAAUAGCAUAAAUAUGAUCCUUACAAGUAGCACUCCUGUACUCGGAAGCCUUCUUUCUCCUGUUCAUUUCCAGUACUUUUUGGACAAGCUGGCAUCAUCACUUGGUCCACGAUUUUAUACCAACAUUUUCAAAUGCAAGCAGAUAUCAGAAACUGGAGCCCAACAAAUGCUUUUAGAUACUCAGGCUGUAAAGACAAUUCUUCUAGAGAUUCCUUCACUUGGUCGACAGACAUCAAGUGCUGCUAGCUAUUCAAAGUUUGUGAGCCGUGAAAUGAGUAAAGCUGAAGCGCUUUUGAAGGUUAUACUCUCCCCAGUUGAUUCUGUGGCAGAUACAUAUAGGGCAUUGCUACCAGAGGGAACACCAAUGGAGUUUCAACGUAUUCUGGAGCUUAAGGGGCUUAAAAAAGCGGAUCAGCAGAGCAUACUGGACGACUUCAACAAACAUGGACCAGCAAUUACACAACCUUCAAUUGCAUCAUCAGUUGGACCUACUGCUCCAGCUGCUGCAAUAACAAAUGCAUCACUUGGAUUUAUUGCUUCCCGAGAAGACGUUCUUACCAGAGCAGCUGCGCUUGGAAGAGGUGCUGCUACAACAGGUUUCAAGAGGUUCCUUGCUCUAACAGAAGCUGCAAAGGAUCGGAAGGAUGGACCAUUUAGAAAACUCUUCAAUGCCUAAGAUAUGCAUUUUACUAAAACAUUAUAGGUUGGUUCUUUAUUCAUAUAUUUGAUUGAAAGCAAAUGGACUGACUUCAUAGCUUUUCCAUUAUAUACCAAUGUCAAUAGCUAGAACCUAAAUUUUUGCAUACAAAGGUACGAAAACUGAGAUAAUUCCAUUUCCUUCCGGCUGCCCUUAGAAUUGGUUGCUGGUUAA